AUGAGUUCCAGCCAAAGUCCUUUCCAGUCCCCUUCGGCUGCCUUCAAGGGCUCAGGCUAUGGCCGGGGGAGGCCUGGGAUAUUCCCUAGAGCACCCAGUGUCCAUGGAGGUGCAGGAGGGGUUCGAGUCUCUGUUUCCUCCACUAGAUUCCCUGGACCUGGGGGCUUUGGAGGGUGCUUCAGUGGAAACCAAGGAAGCAGCUUCUUCAUUGGUGGGAAUGGGAAGCAGACGAUGCAGAAUCUGAAUGACCGCCUGGCUUGUUACUUGGAGAAGGUACACUCCCUAGAGGCAGCCAAUAUAAAACUUGAAAGUCGAAUUCUGGAGUGGCAUAAAAAAAGGGAGCUGGACAAGAAGCCGGAUUACUCUCAUUAUGAGGAAAAUAUCAGCAACCUUCAAGAACAGAUUAUGGAUGGAAGAAUGACAAAUGCUAAGAUUCUCCUCCAUAUUGACAAUGCUAGAAUGGCAGUGGAUGACUUCAGCCUUAAGUAUGAAAAUGAACUGUCUUUCAAGAGAGACCUGGAAGCAGAAGUGGAAGGACUUCGGAAGAUCCUAGAUGACCUGACUAUCAUCACUACCGACCUGGAAAUGGAUGUGGAGGGCAUGAGGAAGGAGCUUAUCCUCAUGAAGAAGCAUCAUGAGGAGGAAAUGAGCAAACAGCAAAUGACAGAGGACAUCAGUGUCAACGUGAGGGUGAACUCAACCCCAGGAGAAGAUCUCCUUAAGAUUCUAGAGGACAUGAGGCAAGAAUAUGAGUGCAUAAUUAAAAAGAACCAUCAAAACAUGGAUACAUGGUACAAAGAACAGUCAGAAUCAGUAGCCCAAGAAUUGGAAAGCAGAACAGUGACUGUACAAAACAAUAAGGACAAUAUCCACGAACUGAGACGUACCUUCCAGGCCCUAGAGAUUGACCUUCAAACCCAGAGGAAUAAAAAAUGUGCCCUGGAGGGCAUGCUGACAGAUACCAAGUCCCGCUACUCCUGCCAGCUCCAGCACAUGCAGCAGAUCAUCUCCCACUAUGAGGAGGAGCUGAUGCAAUUGCGCCAUGAUCUGGAGCGCCAGAACAACGAAUACAAGAUACUGCUGGGCAUCAAGACCCACCUGGAGAAAGAGAUUGCCACCUACCGCCACCUCAUGGAGGGAGAGGGCAAAGGGAGAAGAGAAGACUACAAAUCAGAAACAAAAGUCUCUUCAGCUCCAAAGAUCAUGGCCAUAAUGAAGGAGACUGUGAAUGGAAAAGUCACCCUUUUGAAAGUCAAUGAGAUCCAGAAGCCUGAAUAAAGUAUAUAAAAGCCCUUGCCAGUUGUAAAUACUUUUCUAAUGAAAAUACUGGCAGGAACAAAUCAUUUAUGAAAGUGUUAUAAAUGUUGAAUUCAGAGUUAUUAAUAUACCAAACUUUAGAACUCAUUUUUUUCUUUGGAACAUGAUUAUUUUCUCACUGUGCUUGCCAAAUCAAUGUGUAAAUUAAUACAAGUUCAAAGAUCUCCUCUCUUAUUAUCAGUUCCAGA